GGAACGAUGAAGGAAACAUCUCUGCAAUGUCUGCUGAUUCUGAUCUCACUGCUGAGCUGCACAACAAACCAAGCUCGUCUGACUGUGAGUCCCAGCAGCUCUCAGUUCUUUGACUAUGACUCUGUGUCUCUGAGCUGUGAGGAGGACGACAGCUCUGCUGGAUGGACUCUGAGGAGAAACACAAGCAGAGAACAGAGGACUCAGUGUGGAACAGAUGGGUGGGGAAAACCAGCUGGUUCCACUUGUGACAUUGUUGCAUUCCAUUUGGACAGUGGAGUUUACUGGUGUGAGUCCAGAGAGGGUCCCAUCAGUAACAUGGUUAACCUGACAGUCACUGGUGGAUCAGUGAUCCUGCAGAGUCCUGUCCUCCCUGUGAUGGAGGGAGAUGACGUCACUCUGCUCUGUAAAACAAUGACCACCUUCUCCAACCUCCCAGCUGCUUUCUAUAAAGAUGGCUCCCUCAUCAGGAAGCAGCCUGCAGGUCACAUGACCAUCCAGCAUGUUUCCAGGUCUGAUGAAGGCCUCUACAAGUGUGACAUCAGCGGUCAUGGAGAGUCUCCAUCCAGCUGGAUCACUGUCACAGGCAAACACACCACCACACCUCCACCUACAUCCACACCUCCUCCUGGUUCCACCUGUGUCUCUCCAUCACUCUUCUCUCUUGUUCUCACUGUGUCAUUUCUUAAAUCAGUCUGUGUUGUGGUUCUACUGGUGUUACUGGUUCUGCUGGUGAGACGGCAAGUUCAAAGGAAAUCUGAAAGGGAGGAGUUGGAGAUGAUGACAUCACAUACAGUGACAGAAAAAGUUGUAGUCAACAACAGUCAAUGAGAAGAAGCAGAGAUAAUUUUUAAUGUGAUGUGUGUUGAGGGUUCAUGUUGAUAUUCAGAGGAAAUACAAAACAGAACUCACCGAGCUUAAACUAAUGUAUUAAAGACAAUUAAAAUUCCUUAAAGAUUCCUUGUAUAAUAUCUAUUGUCCACUUUCACGUUUGUUAAAGAUUGAGGAAUAACUCUGCGUUGGUUUAGCUUUAACCCAAAACACUUUCCCUUAUACACGGCUUUUUAUAACCCCUCCUACCCACUGAAAAA